AUGGCGAACCGCGGCGUGAGUUAUGACCCCCAUGUGCACACCGUCUCCGAUCUGAAGGAGCUGGGGAGCAAGAAGCUCCCCAAGAUGUAUCGAGAUUAUUUCAAUGGCGGGGCCAUGGACUUGGAGACGCUCCGUGACAACGAAGAUGCCUAUAGUCGGUACAAAAUCCGGCCUCGGAUCUUGGUGAAUGUUGAUAAUGUCGAUAUGUCGUCCGAAAUAUUCGGUGUCAAGACUGCCUUCCCCCUUGGCUUCAGCCCGGCUGCCAUGCACAAGCUCGCGCACCCUGACGGUGAGCUUGCCACAUCUCGCGCAGCUGCGAAGAUGGGCAUAAGCAUGGGUCUCUCUUCCUACGCCACCGAGUCCAUCGAAAACGUUACAGCUCAAGGAGCGGGGAAUCCGUAUUUUAUGCAGUUCUGCGCUCUGAGGGACCGUGAAACCACGCUCAGUAUAUUACAACGGGCAGAAGUUGCUGGGUGCAAAGCCGUCUUUCUUUCCGUCGACUGCCCCUAUCUCGGAAGGCGUCUCAAUGAGUACCGAAACAACUUUGUACUUCCCGACGGCAUUGUUUGGCCAAAUCUAAACUCCGACGGCAAGUCGGAACUCAGUGGGGGCAAGAUCACAUCCGAAUCCUCCCACAAGCACGAGUUCGACCCCAGUCUGGAUUGGGAAACGAUUCCAUGGCUGCGGAAGGCCACGAAGCUCCAGAUUUGGAUCAAGGGUGUUUACACCGCUGAGGAUGUGUCUCUGGCUAUCAAGCAUGGCCUCGACGGUGUUGUGAUAUCGAACCACGGCGGACGCCAACUUGACAGCGUGCCCGCAACUCUCGACACGCUAAGAGAAUGCGCAGUGGCUGCGGCUGGGAGGAUACCCAUCGCGGUUGAUGGGGGAAUUAGGAGAGGAACCGAUAUUUUCAAGGCGCUUGCCUUGGGAGCUACGCAUUGCUUUGUGGGCAGAAUACCUAUUUGGGGCUUGGCGUACAACGGACAGGCGGGAGUCGAACUGGCUCUCAAUAUCUUGAUGGAUGAGUUCAAGCUCGCUAUGGCGUUGGCAGGCAAAUUGGGCGAAUUCGCCCAAUUUGCUGAAGGGGGUGAGGAAGACGAUGGUGGAGAGGUUAGAGACUAUGUGUAA